CCGGACCAAGUUUUGUGAUAGCAGUUGAAAUAAAAAGCGCGUUAGCGACCGGUUGUCCAAGUUGAAGCUUAUAAAGGUGCGGAUGCUGUAAUUUUACCAGUCAAUUUAUGCCAAGUGCACUUUGCCGUUUCGGGGGUGGUUUUAUACACUUCAAAAGAGCGACCGACGAACAAACACGCCAGCACUUUCAACUUUCUCUUCACGAACAGGCUUGAUUCAAGUAUGGCAGCAUCUCCCUUUAGUCGGAGGCAGUGGGCCUCUCAGUCUCUUCGCAUCACCGCAAAGGAGCUUUCCCUCGUCAGCAGUCGGGGCAAAGCAACAGCCAUUGCAGAACGCUUCUCCAAAUAUCAAAAGGCAGCCGAAGAAGCUAGUGGUGAUAAAAAGAAGUCUAACACUGAGAACGUUCCCCCUGCUUUCAAGAGGGGUAAUCUAAGUGCUCUGAAGAAGAGGUGGGAGCAGUUACCCUCUGAAGAAGCAGACCCUCAACCUCCCUCAGGUCGGGGUAUCUCUUCAGAAAUUCGAUCUCGAGUCACCUCACCUUCAAGUGCUAAACCAGAGCUGAGCCCACUGGCAACGUCUGACCAGAACCUGGAAAUCCUAGCAAAGUCUCCCAUUGCUGUGACAGGGGUCAGUAAGUUCUCAUUCCCAGUGGACAGUGAAGAAGGCAAGAAAAUGGAAAGGAAAUUCUGGAGAGAAGAAGAUGGGAGUGGUGAAAACAAGGAGAAAAUUGAAAAAAGCAGUGUACCCCUCAACAACCUUAAAAUGAUGUUUGAGAAAGGAGAAUUGAACCAGGCUAAGGCACACCGUGAGCCCAGGACUGAUGUCAACCAGAAAGUUUCUGAAACUAUUUCUGUGGAAGACUUGGAGAUAAGAGGCCUGCAUGAAAGUGGUUUUGCUGGAGUUGGACUUCCAGAGAGCACAUCUUUAAAGGACCGCAUGGCCAAGUAUCAAGCUGCUGUCUCCCGACAGGAUUCAAUCAGCACAUCUCAGUUGAACGACAAUGGCCCUGCUGACCCGGACAUAAAUAACUGCAAAGGAGACCAAAAGGAGAACAUGCCUCCAAGUCCCCUUGAUGAACCACAAACGAUCCCUGCACAUGAGGUUAACCAACUCUUAAGAGUGACUCCCACAGGCGACGGCUUCUCUGUCAAGCAAGAAACUGAGGGAGAUAUCCGAAAGACUUCAAGUCCAACUGCCCGCAGUCCUGUGUCCUUUGGUCAAUUGGAGAAUUCUCAGGCCAGGCCAGGGCCAGUCAAGAAGUUCCAGUUGCCAGCUCGUGAGAUAUGCGUUUCCUGUCAGAAGACCGUUUAUCCACUGGAGAAACUGGUAGCAAACCAGCAAGUCUUCCAUAACACCUGUUUCAGAUGCUCCCACUGCAACAGCAAGCUGAGCCUGAGUAACUAUGCCUCUCUGCAUGGCAGUGUGUACUGCAAGCCACACUACAACCAGCUCUUCAAAGCUAAAGGAAAUUAUGAUGAAGGCUUUGGACACAAGCAGCACAAGGAGCUCUGGAUGAGUAAGGCCGAAGGAGAGGAUGUCCAACCUAUUCCAGUGGAGAAACAGCAAAGCCCUUUAGUGGAGGAUUCGCCCAUUGCAAAGGUCAAUAUCUUGGCAGCCAGUAUUGAAACCAAGGCUUCCACUGGCAACCCAGAGAAAACGGCAGACAAGCCAGUGGAGACAAAGCGGCUGAAGAUAGCUUGGCCACCUCCUGCAGAGAGUGACCGUACAGUGGGUGGCUCUGAGGUAGGACCGGUGCGGCAGUUCAAAGCAAAGUGGCCCCCAGAGGAAGAGGUCCAUACUCCAGUGGAGAACUCUGAACGUAGUGAGCUUAGAAGACUGCAGAGGAGCUCCUCCCUCAAAGAGCGCAGCAGACCAUUCACCGUGGCAAAAGCCAGCAAAACCAACAAGGAAGAAGAGCCAUUUAAAACUGAACAAGAGAUCCUAAAUGCAAAGAUUCCUGUUCCCAGAUUAGAGAAAUCACCCAAAGCCAUAGAGCCUGUAACACUGGAGGAGCAAAGCAAACCCAAAAAAACUGAUGCAGAGGAGGUUAUCCAGCAGCAUAGGAAAAUCAACGGGGAGCAGAUGUCCGAGUCUGAGGAGGAAGAGCAGCCUCACCUGAAGCAAGAUGAUGAAGACAAAGUGACCUCUCCUAUUCCAUCAGAAAAUGAAGAGAUCCUAAAGUGGAAGACCAGUAAGAUAGCAGAUUUAGAGGAGCAGAUUCCAAACCGCAAGUCCCAGGAUGUGGGCUUCUGGGAUGGGGAAGAUGCUGAAGAUCUUUCUGUGGAGGACCAAAUAAAAAAGAAUCGCUGCUAUGAAGAGGAGGAGGAGGAGGAGGACUGAUGUUCAGGCGAGACCAUCCAAGGCUUGCGUUUAGAAUUAAAUUGAUCUAUUUUUGGUGAUGGGCCUUUUUAUUGAAAAAGCUGGCUCUUUCUUUUUUUAAUUAAAACACUACAGACUUUUAUGCUCUUUUUAAUAGCCACAUGCAUUUUUUGGGAGUGUUGCAUUUUUUAAAUUAAUCAAAUUUAAUUACUGAUGGAAGAAUGUUGAGAUCUCGUCGUGUGUUUCAGUUUCCUUAUGAAAUAUGGCAAUGUUGGUGUGGUCACUCCUCAUCCAGUAGGUGGCAAUGUUGUGCAGUUUGUGUGCUUGAAAAGGCUGAACUGUGGAAGGCAGUUUCUCGUACGUGUGCGUCCGCCUCUCAGGGCACUUUACCGUCUAGGAAUGUCGUAAUGGCAAAUGGAUACACACGAGUGCUAGAAUUAAAGUGUCCCUCAAGGAAAUGGGGCUCUCACCUAAGGUGGCUGAAGUCAAACUGUAAAUGGCUGUGUGACUGUCGAUUUUUUUUUCUGUGAGUUUUAUUUAUAAAUGCAUAUUUUUUAAAAUGGCCCCUGUGACAGUCAAGCCAGUGUCCCUGAGGGCCGGUGCUUCGUCCACUUCUCAUUCUUGAGGGGCUACUUUGGCCACUUCCCCCUCCCCCCUGCUUUAGAUGUUAAUAAAUUUGUCAUUUUUACCUA